GCGAGCCGCGCGACACGAGCCUACCCGCAACACGCAGCCAAUGCCCGUGGUUGGUCGCCUAGCUCCUCAUGCUAGUCUCGUCUUCCGAAUUGCUUGGGGCACAGCAUGAAGGAGAUGCUCGGAGGGUGCUGCGUGUGUUCUGACGAGAGGGGCUGGACCGAGAAUCCGUUGGUGUACUGUGAUGGACAAGGCUGCACCGUCGCUGUGCACCAAGCAUGCUAUGGCAUCGUCACCGUACCAACGGGACCGUGGUACUGCAGAAAGUGCGAGUCUCAAGAACGCAGCGCACGAGUGCGCUGCGAGUUAUGUCCGAGUCGGAAUGGAGCCCUUAAGAGGACGAACCAGGCUGGCUGGGCACAUGUCGUGUGUGCUCUCUAUAUUCCGGAAGUCCGAUUCGGUAACGUGACUACGAUGGAGCCGAUCAUAUUGGAGCUCAUCCCUUCGGAAAGAUUUAGCAAGUUGUGUUACAUCUGCGAGGAGCAAGGCAGAGGUAAUAAGGCAAGCGUGGGAGCCUGCAUGCAGUGCAACAAAACGGGCUGUAGGCAGCAAUUUCAUGUGACCUGUGCACAAGCUCUGGGCUUGCUCUGCGAGGAGGCUGGCAAUUAUCUCGACAAUGUUAAAUAUUGCGGCUACUGUCAGCAUCACUAUUCGAAAUUGAAAAAGGGCGGUAACGUGAAGACGAUACCGCCGUACAAGCCGAUACCCGCCGACAACGGCUCGUCGGACUCGUCGCCGGAGAAGGAGUCGGAGACGCCGAUAAAGUCGUCGGGCGGCAAGCGGAAGAGCUCGAGCUCCAAGUCCGGCGCGAAUUCUAAAAGUAAAUCCAAUGCUAGUCCCAGUUUAGAGAUAAACGGUGUCGCGGACGACAAGAGCGGCGGUAGCGGUCGCAAUACGCCCAAAGAUAAUUCCACGAGUUCCAGCAAGUUUACGACCUCCAACUUUGUCGAGACGAUUGUCACGCAGUCGGAGAGCGUGUUCGGGCACGAUGGCAGCGGCGGUGGCGGCGGUGCUGGCGGUGGUACGAUCACCACCGUCGCCAUGGCGGCGACUGCCUCGGCGAUGAAGACGAACGCCGGCAAUUCAAACGCGGCGCACAAGAGCGUCGCGGGCCAGGGCAAGUCCAACUCGUCGGCGUCCUCCAACAAGGCGGCGAGUCACACCAGUAAAAAGAGGAAGACCGGGGCGCGCACGCCGACCGUGGGAAACGAGAAUUCGAAUCAGUCGGCCAGCUCGGAGGCCAGCGGCUCGGUCGUGAUAACGGUCAGCACUAUGAUGCAGCAGCAGCAGCAGCAGACCGUCCCGAGCAACAACGUGCAGCCGACGAUCACCGAAGCUACUAGCUUAAGCGUGACGACGGAACCGGAGAAAUCGAAGAAGAAGGUCGAGAGCCCGAUUCAGUCGUCGUCGAGCACGCCGGUCGCCACGGAGGCCACCACCACGCCUGUGAUAAUGUCGGUGACGCAGUCCCAGCCCUCGGUCGUCACCCAGUCGCCCACGACCACGUCGAACAGCAUCGUCGUGUCCGUGCCGUUGAUCGCCACCUCCCUCGCCAGCGCGGUCCAGAGCGUGGUGACGAGCGCGCCUACCAUGUAUCAGCAGGUGCAGCAGAGCAUAAUCACCACGGCCGCGAACACCGAGCCGCGGUCGAGCGCGAUGCCCAGCAUCGAGAGGUUCGCCGCGGAGGACGCGCCGAUAAAGCGAUCCCGCUCCCAAUCGUCGGACAAGCAGGAGAAGCCUCGCAAGCCGAAGCGCGGCUCGUCCAACAGCCAGACGUCACUGCCGCAGUCGCAACCGUCGGUCCCAUCCAUCGUAACCUCCGUAUCCAGCACCGCAGUCGUGACGACGUCCAAGAGGAGCGCGAGGAACAACCACCAGACGCCUCCGCCGGCCGCCACGGUGGCCCCGGUGCCGUCGAUCAUUCAGGGCCCCGCGUCCGCUACUGUCGGACACUUCAGUAGCAUCGGCGGCCUAGGCCCUGUGAGCAUCAUGGGGCCGACCGUCAAGGAGUCUCCGCCCAGCAGUCCUGGAUCGGAGAGUAUGAGCAGCAAUACCAGCAAACGUAGGAGGAAGGCAGCCGCGUCCACGCCCAUCCCAUCUGCGUCGUCCACGCCGACCGCUCUCGCUAACGCCACGAUAAAGGAGGAGAACGUGAAACUGGCCAGGAAUGCGAAUGUUUUUCGCCUUCCUCUUUUCAGAUUUCAAAAUGGAGUGAGCGCACCGCACAUGCUGGGGAAUCAGCUGAACCCCAGCUCGACUAUGGCGCAAAAGAUGUCGGACACGCUUUCGCAGGAGCUCGAGGCCCAUUCUAUUUUUACAGAGGCGAGUAACUCCAAUACAAACUUGAUCGGACCGCAGCUGCAUAGUCGAGUAAUAGCAUCUAUACGAUCUAGCCAAUCGGGCAUACCGCCCACUUCAUUUUCCUCGGUUUUCUCCACGAGUGGCGGUACGAGUACAGCCGGUACCAGUGGUGCUUUAGGCGGCGGAGCGAUUCCGCAGACGUUGGAUCAGCUUCUUGAAAGACAAUGGGAGCAGGGAAGUCAAUUUCUCAUGGAGCAAGCUCAACAUUUUGACAUUGCAUCCCUGCUUUCCUGCCUACACCAAUUGAGAGCUGAGAACCUUAGGCUAGAGGAACAUGUAAAUAAUCUCCUGCAAAGGAGAGACCAUUUGUUGGCUGUGAAUGCUAGACUUGCUAUUCCGUUGACAACUCAACCAAGUUCACAUCCAGUGAACAAUAUACAUCCAGCGGUAAAUCCGUCUCAUCCCAGUGUCUCAGUUCACUCGGAAGUGCCACCCGGCACUCCGGCGCCAGUACCCAGAGUCAGCCGUGAACCGCGAGUGAACAACACGUACAUGCCCCACUCGAGUUCUAGUGGUCACCCGACGACGUUGGAGAACGGUUUGCCACCAGAUCCUUCCCCACCUGCGGCCGCUUCUCUCGCGCAGUAUCAUCGAGGAUCGUUGGUCGCGCCUCAACCAAGCCCCACGAUAAGGCACAGUCCGGCCGGAGCUCCGUACCUUCAGAGUCAACCGAGCAACAUAGUAUCGCCGGCGCCGGCGAACACUUCCGGCGUGGUACGGAAUUCGUCUGUUACGCCAGAUCCGCUGCGCGGAGUGCCGAGGUCGGCGUCGCAGUCGUCUAGCAGCUACAUACCGUCGAUGUAUCAGCCCACCAUGUCCAGCCUCGCCAGCAACCAGGUGGGUGGAGUUCAUAAUAUUCACUCGCAUGGGCCCUCGCCGACUAGCCACGGGCCACCGGGCAAGCCCAGCUGAAGGUAAAUACAAUCACGACGUGGCAGCCGCGAGUGUUAAUUAUUAAAACGAGAUUCGUUGCCACGUAUAUGACUCGACAUCAAAGGAUCCGAUUAUAUCACAAGAGAGAGAGACCUAACUGCGCUUCUUCGCGUGAUUAGCCGACAUUAACCGAUAUACAUUUUUCUACGCCACGUUUAUCGGCAACCGUUUUCCUACCUGAUAAGAAAUGUCACUUUAGUGAUGUCGAUUGCAGCUUACAAUGUACAGAUAUAUAUCUCGAUUUGUAUCUUUAUAUCUUUUCACAAAGUAUCUUAAAGUUGUUACAUACAUAUAACAAUCAUACGUACACUGUACAAAUCUAGAUAUUUUGCACUAUCUGAUAGAGCGAUUUUAUCGUGGAUCUCAUUGAAAUGCUGUGUUCGAGUAUGCAUCAAAACAAGUGUUCACCAUAGUUCGUUUUGCUAUCUUCCUUCUCUUUUUUUUUAUCUUAUUUUACCCGUGCGUAGACGCGUUGAUGCUAGAGCAAACUUGACCGCCAAUGUCUACUUUCGGACACGUGCAAUGUCUCUCUUUGCAAAAAGUGUCCCAUACUCCUACAAUCGGACGUAUUGCUGCACAGGAUAAGUGCAUCAAACUUGUCUCCGUUCGUAAGACCGGUCGCCAGUGCGAUCGCGCUCAGGAUCAUACACACUCUUAUGCCGGCUUGAUGGCAUGUCUUCUCUUUCCGAGAGCAAUGUCAAAUAUAAUUUUGCGUUGAUUUCUCUCGAUGUACCUGCGGGCGACGCGUGGAGAUUGGUCUGCGAUCGAGCGUAGCACGUGCGCACCGCAACUGGCGAACGCGAAUUCCUUUUUUUUUUAUCUCGUUCGAUUUUUAUACGUACGAGCUAUAUGUACAUUGCAACUGUAACAAUAUACUGGAGGCUCAAAUAGGAGAUGCAUAAUGUAACGAAAAAAAAAUCGAUUUAUAACGAAGAAGCAGUUAGAAAGAUUUGUCUCAGUUUUCUCUGGCGUUAAAAAUAUUUUGCUGUGACGUAAUUUUUAAUUGAUUAGGACGUUGAUCUAAAGUAUUGCUGGGACAUAACAGCGUGACAAUUUGAAUUGGUUUUUCCUUUUUAAUCAGAAAAAUUAGAUACGUGACUUUUUUUUUUGAGACAUACUCUAUCUCUCUUUGUAAGCAUCAUUGAACAGCAAAUCCACAGAUGUACAAAUCUUAGAUUGUAAGUUAAUCUAUCGCGUUAAAUAGCAAUAAUACAGUAGGUGUACAUUCUAACGACGGUAACUGCGCGUAUUUCUGGUGGUGCGACAAAAGGAUACGCGAGAUUUCGCAAGAAAUUAAAGGAAGGGGGAAAAGAGUGAACGAAAAACACACCGGAGAUCGAGAGAAGAGAAAACUGGAUCACCGGAUUGCAUUGAUUUCGAUAAGUUCGUGCAUGCCAACGAUUCCUGUCACACGUAAUGGUCCGCAAGAAUCGUAAUUUUAAAGCCGAAUGUGCUUGUGCAGUUUUCCUAUUUCUUUAACGUACCACCGUUACGUACCGCAGCGUGUGUACUAUUGUAUAUGAUGAUGAUGGUAUCGAGUGCAACCUAUUUCAAAGCUAAUUUAAUGUAUAUUCUAAUCUUAUACAAACACGUAAAAAAAAAUGGGGGGAAGAUACCCAAAUAUGUACAAGACGAGCACUGCCUUUCGCCAACAAGAGCUGUGAAGUAGGUUGAUCGCAAUUCGACAUUUUCUAGCGAACGCAUGAUCGUUCCGUUUAACUUCAUCUGCCGUCCCUUCAUCCCAUUCCUCCUCUCCAUUCAAUUUCAUUCUUUGAGCCUGCAGAUUUCAUCGAUACUUCGUCAUUACAAAUUCUCGAGGAAUGCGAAUAGAAGGAGAUUGUGUGCCAUCGUUUGAUCUGUUAAAUUAAAUAUUACAGACAUAAUAUUCGAACUGUUAUUAUAUUAAUUACUUGAUUGCACAUCAAUAGCAAUGACUCCGUAGUCGAUAUUUUGCAUCAUUGGUUAUGCAUUUUUCAAUACUUACGGGAAACAGAUUUGUAAUUGAAUGUAACAUUACAAUUUGUAUAUCGAAGUUUGAUAUUGAUGAAAACUUGAUUUGUUGAAUUAAAUAAUUUAUUCAUAAAAAAUUCAUUACUUAUUUACUUUAUGAAUAAAUUAAAACUAUUUUCCAUUAUUUCAAAUUUACUUAAAUAAGUAAAACCUAAUAGACUAAUUCUGUACAUCAAUUUCUAUAUGCAUUUUUUUUGUAGUAUCAACCGCGAGAGCAUUGUGAUUUGUACAGUAAUUGGGAUUUUUUUUCUGAUAAUAUUUUACCUUUUCGGAAUCAAAUUUCGCGACAGCAACAAAAUUGUGAUUGAUAAUCAAUUACUUAUUUUAUUCCGCAUACAGCCACAAAGUGGAACUUGGUUUAAGUUAAUGUUAACGCACCUUCCGUAAAUUGUGGUUGUAAUAUUAAUCGAGGGCGCGAAAAAUAACAGGAUCGAACCACGGCACCGAUCUUGAUAACGCAAAUAUUUAACAAAAACUUGUGAAUACUAGUGCGAUACGUAUAUGUAUAUGUGUAUGUAUUGAGAUCGCGAUACUUGCGAGUAAUCGUGUAAGAUAUGGGAUGCACGAUCGUAUAAAGUCGGAGCUACGUUGCUUAAAAACGAUGUAAUAUGCAUAUAUGUCGAAAUUGAAUUCGUUUUGCUGCGUUUCCGCGAUAGCCUUCGGUUUUCUAUUCGCACCAUCAUGUGUCUAUGAUUUCCGUGAGCGUGCGACGCCGUGUGCAAAUCGCAAAAUCAAAAGUGCUAGACGGUACGGUAGAACAUUUUUUAGGAGAUAAGACUUGGUAAGAACACAUAAAGUAUUCCGCUCAAAGGCUACGGUAUAUGUAAUAAUAUGUAGCUCGUUUAUAAAUCGGCGAAGGGAUUUGCAUGUGAUACUGCAAACAAAUCACAGAAUGGCAUGCAAUGUAAAACGACAGUUGUAAAAGGGAGCGGAAGGAAAAGAGGCUCGGCAAGUGUUCGCUGCGAUCGGCCCGACUAUUUCACGGAUAAUCCCUCUUCGCGUCGUUGAAAUUGCGGAAAGCAAAGGUGGCGGAUGGCAAUAGGUAUUUGCGUACAUUCGAAAAGAAAACGAAAGAAAACGUCGAGGAUACACUCGCAGGAUGAUACGUCCCAUGCUGUCGCUUUAUUUUUGCACCGUGGUUACGAGCAUAAUACGAGAUUUCUCAGCCUCGCAAAACUAGUUAAACGAAUGAAUUAUAUAAUUACGAUUAUACGUACGUAUGUUCGAAUUUGCCGUACAAAAAUUAAAUUGUCCCGAGACCACCUUCCAGCGACUACGAUAUACUGUUUGUCGAGCGGCGCAAAAGAGCUCGGAGAUUUACAAAGAGCUAGGGAUCGACUGAUUACAUUUUACCACAUUGUGUUCUUUGUCGUAAUCCAGCGAUGUGUUCUCUAAAUCGAUAUAUCAACUUUCCGCCUGCAUUUUUAUUUACAAGACACUAGAUGUAAUGCGUCUGACGUAAAAGUAUUAGCUCGCAUCGAUUCGAACACGCUAGAGGUGGUUGAGGGACAAUAAGAUAAAUAAGGGAACCGAUUGUACUGUCGACUAAAUUUGUAAGUCCGAUUAGCGAGUAAAGGCGGGAUUUUUAAGCGAAAGAGAAAACUUUUAGUAAGGGAUCUAGAUUUAUAAAUUGUAUGAGAGAUUAAAGUAAUAUUGUAUAUUCAACGAGCGAGGUGCGGGGGAGGAGUAGACAUGAAAACACCAAACCUACAGAAUAGCUUAUCACCACUCAGGGAGAAUCAGUUUACUACGCAAAAUUCUGCCGAGUUUUCCUUGUGGGCGUCGAUUGUGCACGCGAGUACGUAACAACAUUUGUCGAAUUAUCGUGCAUUCUUGAGAGCCACGUUACCCUUUUUUUUUUAUCGCGUUUAAUUGAGACACGCGGUCGUGUAUAUUCGAAUGUAAAAGAGCUUACGUUCAAUUUUUAUUCUUUACGAAGCAUUUCUUAUCGUUGCAUCGCUUUGUAAAAUCAUCGUUUACCUCUCUUGGGAAAAGCCCCCACGAGUUCGUAUUUCGAAUGACAAUCCAGGUUACGGUGUAAAGUUGAAGAAUACUCAAUGUUCACGGCCUCUCAAGAAUGUACGAUGAGAGGUAUCGAACUCCAACGCGUAUUGCUCGUACUGAUUUGGUGAAUUUCAUGAUUGACGACCUUGUCGAAAGUUCGCUAGGAUUUCUAAAAAGAAAGAAAAAAAAAGGGACAAAAAGGGGGGAUGCGUGAUCUUGUGACGCGACAACGCGCAUUUGUACUACUGAAAGAGUAUUUUAUGCAUUAUCAAUAAAGUAUCGACUGUAUUGUUAGGGAAUAUAUUAUAUAUAAAUACAUACGGUACGCGCAAGGCAAUUACAGGAAAUAAAACUGCGGGGGAAUAACAGUUGUACGAUAUUCUAGCAGAGAGAAAAGGAAGGGAGGCGAGGAAAAAGAAAAAAAAAUCGAAGUCACAGAGAACAGUACGAUGAUAUUUUUUCACAGCUGGAUCAGUGCCAAAUUUUUUCAAUCGAAUCAUUAAAACUUCUCGAUUCCUUAGACGGUUUUCGUGUCGAAGCGUACGCGUAGAACGUAGGAGAGAACCCGGCAACAUUGCGAGACAAAAAGAAAGAAAGAAAACCUCUAUUUGCACAUCUAUUUAGUCAUUGACACGGAUAGGAGUCGAUCGUCAUCGUCAUCGCAUCGUGUGCGUGCGUGCGUGCAUGUGUGUGUGUGUAUGUAUGUGAUAAAUGUGAGUCGGUGAGGCUUUUCUUUCCCUUCGAGGCUGCAAGCGUCGAUCAUUUCUGUUAUUUUUUUUUUACUUUCCCCGUUGAAUUACCUAUCGUUGUGUCGCGUCAUUUCUGCCAGGUGUUGCGGGCGAGGAAAGGGUCGAUCGUUGUUUCUGCGCUUCUGUGUUCAAUCUCCAACUGCCAGAGAUACAAAGCAAAACAAUUGUGUUCCUAAUCAUCCGCGGAUCGGGCUCUCGCGUUCGCGAGCGUUAAAUUAAUUAGGUAACUUCCUGCUUUCGUAUGUCCAAAGCCUUCUCCGACGGCGCGGAGAAGCUGAAGAAAAUUCAUCAUUAACGGUCACAUCGACGUAGCGACUGUGCGCGUAGAUUUUACUUUCGUAGAUAAGAUCUUGUCUAAGAGCGAUGCGUUAAAUCUUAUGUAAUGGACACUUUUACCAAAUAAAUUGUCACUUUCCGAGUA